AUGGAAGGAAAAUAUGCCACUGUCGCAAGACGUCAUCCUGCAAUUGAAAACCCAGCUAGCAACUGUCCUGUACCGAACAAUUUGCGUCCAGUAUCUAAAGUAGAAUCAUUGAGUUACUUGCCACAGUCACGAGAUCAUUUACCUCAAGCGUUGGACUUACGCAUGGGACCUGUUGGACCUUGGGCUACCGGAAGAGUUGACUGGAAUCCUCUGUCAGGUCUCACCGGUAUAAGACCUGUAGUAGAUACUUACUCAAUUCAUAGAUUUAGUGAAAAAGAUUGGAAGUUCCACAACAAAGAGUUAGUAGAUUUAACUAAUAAAGAACAGAAACGAUCAGACGUAGUAGAUUGGAAUGGAAGACAAUGUAUGGUGCAAUGCUUUGAUGAUAUUGAAAAAACUCAAAUGGAUAACACUAGACGACUUAAUCAAAGAGAAUUGGAAAUUCACACUUUCAAGUGUGAAUUAGAUAGAGCUAUCAACGCUGCCAAAGAAGAAAUAUAUUUUCUGGAACAAGAACGUCGUAGAUUAAAGGAAGCCAGCAAAAUUUUAUUACUUCCAGAAUCCAUAUCAGCAGAAUGUCUUGAAAGAAGAACAGGGAGAAUUGAUGUUGAGUUAGUACGAGAUGAUGUAGAAGAGAAAAUUAUUAGGGAGGCAGCUUUAUGUGCAGAGAUAAGAGAAUUGUUUGCCUCAACUCUUAAUGACAUUGAAAAGCAUGAAGACCAGUCUAAUCCAGAUUUUUGGAUCCAUUUUACACAAGCAACACUUUCCGAAGCAGAGCGCACAAGACAAAAGUCUGUAGCAUUAAGAGGUACUUUGGAUGCUAUAUUAGUUAAUGCAGCAAGAGAUUUGAGAGUUACAGCAGACGAAAUAGAAGAUGCUCUAGCGAAAAGAAUUGCUUCCGUUCAGGAAAUACUCAGAAGGUUAGAAACUGAACUUAAAGUAAUUUUGAGACAGGUAGUUGAAGUUGAAGAGCUUAAAGAGUCAUUGAAGAGUGCUUUAGCUAAGAUUGAAACUCCUAUGAAAGUUGUUCAAACAAGAAUAAACAGUCGACUAGAUCGUCCUAGAGUCGACAACUGCAGAGAUAAUGUUCAAUUUGGCCUUGUGGAAGAGGUAAAAUCUAUUGGAGUAUCAAUAUCAGCGUUGAGAGCUGAACUAAGACAAGCUGAACAUUCUGAAGUGAGACUGAUUCAAAUUAGAAAUGCUUUGGAGAAAGAAAUUAUAAUUAAGAAAAAGACAUUAGAGAUUGAUAUUCAAAGGACUAGAAACAUUCGACUACAUUUUCCAUCUGCUACGGCUUUAUCUGGGCAUUAA